UACCAUACUGCUGAUAAUUCUUCCAUUGUGAAUGCGAAACUCAUUUUUAUUUGCCUCGUCGCUUCACAAUAUGGACUCAGUGAGAAUUCAGAGCAACGACAGAUGCGUGACGUAGCGGAAAGCUUUCAAUCUCUGCUGCGCUCAAAAUCCCACAUCCAACAGAACCCCCGGAGUACGGAAUAAUAUUACUUAAAAUGAAUAUACCAUCAGCUUGACUAUUAUUAUCAUCUAUAGGACCUUCGUACUGGAUAUCCGAUUCGGACUCUAACGGACACGGCAGUUGUGGAGCACCAACGACGGCGCAGGAAGAGACGAAAAGGCUGAAAAUGAGGAAGAGUAUUAGAUCGAUGAUGUGCCUCGUGAUAUUUCUGCUGAUUUUCAUCAUGAAUUAUGGAUUUUGCAUCGCGCGGCCCGACCCGUUUAUCUCUACAAUUGAUAUAGAUACACCGACCGUAGCGCCCAAAUUUAUGACCCGAGGCCACCUUUAUAAGGCUAUCAUAGGGGACUCGAUCGAACUGCCGUGCAAGGUGAAAGACCUAGGAUCCUACGUGCUGUUAUGGCGCCGGGGGACAUCGGUGCUCACGGCAGCUAAUUUAAUGGUGACACGUGAUCCACGCUUCAAGCUGGUAGAGGGCUACAAUCUGCAAAUAGCGAACGUGAAAAUUCAGGAUGCCGGCGAUUAUAUUUGCCAGAUCGGUGAUAACGAGAGUCGGGAUCAGGUGCACACAUUGGAAAUUCUCGUGCCGCCGACGAUACGAGUAGUCCCGCAGAAUCGACAAAUCACUGCCCGGAAGGGAAGCACCGUAACGCUCGAGUGCAAGGCAUCGGGAAAUCCGGUACCGGCCAUUUAUUGGCACAAAAAGGAUUCAUUCACGGGUGCAUCGCAUCUGUCGGAGAGCACCACAUUGAUUUUAGAACGGGUAGACCGGCAUCACGCUGGCAUCUACCAGUGCACGGCGGACAAUGGUGUCCGGGAAGCAGUGAAUGCCGACAUCGACGUUACGGUAUUGUCUCCCCCUGACAUCACGGUGGAGAAAACCUGGGUGCAUGCCAGCGAAGGUUUCGAUAUCGAUCUAAUGUGCACGGUGCAUGGGGAUGUUAACUCAGAGAUGUUAUGGUAUCAAAAUUCGUUCCUAUUGGACCCCACCGAUCGGCGGUCUAUGUACUCCAAAGGCGACAAAUACACGCUAAACAUCAGAAACUUUCAGCAAUCUGAUUUCGGUAACUACAGUUGCGUCGCAGACAAUGCACUCGGUAGGACGAAGAAAUACAUUGAAGUGUCUGGCCGGCCAGGACCAGCCAACUUUUUGUCACCUGCCUACAGUACCCACCUCGAUCGAUACAACCUUACGUACACGAUUGAAUCGAUACCACCGUUGGACGAGAUUAAACUGCUGUACCGGAAGCUAAUGAUGAACGAAACAUAUCAACAUCCGGGAAACUGGGAAGACACGAUUUUAGUGCCAACGUUAACCCGUUCCGAUCCAACUCAUUUUAUUAUGUCGCAUGUGAUAAAAGGGUUAUCGCCAAACUCGGUGUAUGAAGUAAUGAUCCAGGCGCGGAAUAUGCAUGGCUGGAAUGAGAUUAGCGAUAUCCAUCAGUUUUAUACAAGGAACUAUGAGCUAGCGUUGAAUGAAUUGGAAUUCGUGAUGAGUUCUAUCUCUAACAGUAAUGCUUCUCGAUGGCUGUUUAGUCCGCUUGUAUUUUAUUUACUGGGAUUAAUCACAGCACUGGCUCAAUAA